AUGAGCUCAUUUGAUCCACAGAUACAUUCACCUCCACGCUGCAGCCCGCAAUUUCCAAGCAUCGGCCAGGAACCACCUGAAAUGAACAUCUACUAUGAAAAUUUCUUCCACCCACAGAACGUUCCUAGUCCACAACGGCCCACCAACUUUGAAACAGGGGACUACUCCGCGGCACCCAAUCCUUACUUGUGGCUAAACGGACCUUCCAUUAAUUCUCCACCUUACCUGCCAGGAUCCAAUGGCAGUCCCUACAUCCCACCAGCCUAUGGAAUGCAAAGGCAGCUCUUGCCCAACAUGCAUGGCUUGACAGCGAAUGAAAUGGGCUGGCUCCCUAUGCCUUCUCAAGAGGAGCUGAUGAAGCUGGUCAGGCCACCUUAUUCCUACUCUGCCCUGAUUGCCAUGGCCAUCCAUGGGGCGCCAGACAAGAGGCUGACGCUCAGUCAGAUCUACCAGUACGUGGCAGACAACUUUCCCUUCUACAAUAAAAGCAAGGCUGGUUGGCAGAACUCCAUUCGUCACAACCUGUCCCUCAAUGACUGUUUCAAGAAGGUGCCCCGGGAUGAAGAUGAUCCAGGGAAAGGCAAUUACUGGACUCUGGAUCCAAACUGUGAGAAGAUGUUUGACAAUGGAAAUUUUCGGCGAAAAAGGAAGAAGAAAUCUGAUUGUAGUGCCAGCAUGGCGACUUUGGCUUCUGACAAAUCAGAGGACAGUGCCUUAAGUGGCAGCCCCAAGGUUCCAGAACAGCAAGAUAUUUUGGAAAACUCAUCGGGAACUGAGAGUUCACCUGAAAAGAGAUCUCCACCACCAUCAUCCACUACUCCCUGCCUCAACAAUUUUCUAUCCAGCAUGACAGUUUACAUGAACGGGUCCAAUUCAGUGAACCGCUCGGUGCCCCUCGGACUUGUCACUGAUGCUGGGGACAAAAUGGGACAGAAUAUGGUAGGCUUCAACACAUACACGCCUCUUCCCAAUCAUGGGGGUGGUGAAUGGUCCAAUUCCAUGUCCUCUGGUCAUCUUGGCUAUAGCAGUUCAGUGCUUAACCAGUUCAACAGCAGUUUCUACAACAGCCUGCCUGUCAAUAAUACUCUGUAUGCAAGAGAGGGAACUGAGGUGUAA